AUGGCGCUGGCAGCUGCGCGGCACACUGCCCGCGCGGUUCCGGGCUACCAGCCGUCUUUCCCUCGUCUAGUGGGCGGUCUUUGCAGGCUGCCUUCGAGUCAAGCACCUGAACGAAAUCCGGCGGCGUGCGCGCUGCGAUCAAGCCAAGGUAUCCGAGAGGCGUUUUUGUCUUCUUGUCCCCUCUGCUUGUCUCGUUCUGCCUCUCGCCGUCCUCUCUCUUCGUGCUCGCUGUCGCCUUCCGCAGCCUCCGCGUCUCCCCACCAAACUUCACCGUCUUCAUCUCUCUCUCUGCCUUCGUCCACGAGUCGCGCGACCUGCGCGUCCUCCUCUUCCAUCUUUGCUUGGGCGCGUGUCACUUCUUCGUCUUCUUUGUGUCUCUCCCUCGCUGCUGACUCUGCCUCUUCGCCCUCCUCCAGUCAACGAGAUGGCCAUCUAGGCUUCUCAGAUCGGCCUUAUGGCAUCUUCGCCGGAGCUGCUUCCCGUUUCUUAUGGCCUGGCGUUGCCUACUACGCACCUGGACGCCCCGUUUGGGCUCCGCCUCCCUCUCUUCGUCUGGCGUCGGGCGCGUCGUUGCCGCAGUCUUCCUCCUCGUCGCUCCUGGCUCUCCGCGAGUUCUCUUCGCUGCCCUCCGCGUCCUCGUCUUCUCCGAAGCGACUCCCUCAGCAGGGCAUCUGGCGGCAUGUGUCUGCGGAUGCGUUUUCGCGUUUUUCGCGCGACCCCGUGGCGUUUUUCCGGCGCUGUCGCCUGCAAUACCCGGUGCCGGUGUCCUGGCGAGAAGGCCGCGAGCAGCUGAGCAAGUUGAGCAAGAGCGGCAAAUCUGCGUUGCGCAAAUCCGUCGCCGACGGCAAGGAGAAGUGGAGAAAGGCGCCAAACACGAAAUGGCUCUUCUCGCCCUCCCCGGGGAUGUUGGAAGCAGGAAAAAAAUGCCUCCGAACCGACUGGGAAACCCACAGAGACAAGCUGCGCGCGCAGCUGCGGGCGCAGGCGGAGAAGAGCGGGCUCUCCGACGCCGAAGCGCGCCGCGCGUUCGUGGAGCGGCAGAAAGCGAAACUCCGGGCGCAGAGACAGCAGCUCAUUCGCCUGAUGAACCGCCAGCAAAAAGUCGUGCAAGAAAAGGGCCUUCUCUGGCUAGAAAUGCGCCGCCGCAAAGUCGAAGCGACCCUCCUGCAACUCGGCCAAAGCGACAAAAUCAGCCACCUGCGCCAGGUCAAAACGCGAGUCGUCCACCAGGGAAAGGAGGCAACUGAGCGACUGAAGGGCCUCUGGGGGAAGUACGGAUGGGCGUCCGUCUUGUCUUACGCCGUGGUUCACUUUUGCACACUGUUUGGGCUCUUCGGCCUCGCUCAGAUGAUCAGCGACGAGUCCGUGCAGCGGGUCGCAGACUUUCUGCAUCUUGAAAAAAUCAUAGACAAGGACGCCAUAGCGAACGAAAAGAGCUUCUUCUGGGGUCGUCUACUGUUCGCCUACGCUGCUUGCAAGCCUCUGACGCCGGUUCAGGUCGGGCUGGCCAUUUGGUGUACGCCUCCGCUCGCGCGCUUCAUGGUUCGCCACGGGAUUCCCCUUCACAUGAACAAGACGACAGUUUCUCAGCUGCGCCGCCAGCUUCGCUUCAGGAGACGAAAGUCGUCUUCGAAUAAAAACACUCUUUGA